AUGAGCUCCACCAUCCACAAGUUUCUGUUUUCCCCGCCUCCCUCGCCCCCACUUGAAGGCGCAGUGCCGGCUCACAGUCCGUUCACACCACUCCGUUCACUCCUUCCCGCCGGUCUCGCUGGUAUGGAGCCUCCUCCAUCGCCCAAGCUGUCGCGUUCAAGCACCCCUAUCGGCAACAGGAGAGCUGGAGCCGACGUCGACUACAUGUCGCUCCUGCCCCCCAUCAACAUUGAAGCUGCCAACCAGCCCAGCGUGCGUGAGAAGGUCGCGCUCUUCUCACCGCCCCUCCUGUCGCCGCGUCUUGUUCGCAACCGUAUUCCUCGUCCCCUCCUCCGUCUCAUGGCCUUCAUCACCAUCGUCGUGUCGGGCGUCAUGCUCAUCCGCUGCUUCACCGAGGCCGUUGCCCCCGUCCCCAGGCGCCAGGACCACCCGAUCAUGAGCAACUACCGCCCUGCGUUCGUCCCCGCUGCGGUCGGCGCCAACCGCCAGAUGCCGCUUGUCGCUCCCAACCCCCGCGCCUUCCGCCCUGCAUCGCAUCCCCUGCCAGACUCCCACGAGCUGCUCGCCCUGCAGAGUUUUGUCAUGGAGACGGCCUACAACCACCUCUCGUCCAGCGUCGACGCCUCGAAGCCUCUCGACGCCCACGACCUUUUGGGUCCCGCUGCCCGCAAGCUCGGCGGCAGCGGCAGCGAGCGCGAGAAGGAGUGGUUCGCCGAGGUCAGCGCGGAGAACGCCAACAACGUCGUCGUCUGGCACUCGUCUGCGUCUGUGCCACACUAUGUUCUCGAGGGCAUCAACUCGCGCCACGGCCAGGGUCACCGCGCAACCCUCGUGUCGCUGGCCUCGCGCUCGGAUGGUGACCUCAUUGGCGCGAUCAUGAAGCGCCUUGGCUUUGACGUCGACGCGGCCCCACUCCUUGUGAUCGGUGGCCAGCCCACCGUGGCUACGGAAGAGGUUAUGGACGAGCUUCGCAGCUCGGGACAGCUCAACGAAAAGCUGUCGGCCAUCGGAUGGAGGCUUAGGAGGUAG